AUGGAAGACUGUUUGGCAAAAAAAAUGGAAAUCACUGUUUCGGAAGCUGAAAAACGGACUGGGAGGAAUGCCAUGAACAUGCAGGAAACUUACACUGCUUACCUCAUUGAGACAAGAGCUGUUGAGUCCCAGAGUGAGGGACAGUGUGCCCCAGUGGACUCCCUGUGGCGACGUUACAGUGAAUUUGAGUUGUUGAGGAAUUAUUUGUCAGUUACCUAUCCACAUAUUGUUGUUCCACCUUUGCCAGAAAAAAGGGCUGACUUUGUUUGGCAUAAGCUAUCAGCAGAUAACAUGGAUCCAGAUUUUGUGGAAAGAAGAAGAAUCGGUUUGGAAAACUUCUUGUUACGUGUGGCUUCACAUCCUGUUCUUUGCCAAGACAAAAUCUUUUAUUCAUUUUUAACACAGGAAGCUGGAUGGAAGGAAAUGGUGAAUGAGACUGGAUUUCAGUUAAAGGCAGAUUCCAGAUUAAAAGCUCUUAAUGCAACAUUCAGAGUGAAAAACCCAGACAAGAGAUUUACUGAGCUAAAACACUAUAGCGAUGAACUGCAGUCUGUCAUAUCACACCUUCUGCGAGUCAGAGCUAGGGUAGCAGACCGGCUAUAUGGUGUCUAUAAAGUCCAUGGCAACUAUGGAAGAGUAUUCAGUGAAUGGAGUGCAAUAGAAAAGGAGAUGGGGGAUGGGUUGCAGAGUGCUGGCCACCACAUGGAUGUAUAUGCAGCUUCUAUUGAUGACAUCCUGGAAGAAGAGGAACAUUAUGCAGAUCAGCUGAAAGAAUAUCUGUUCUAUGCAGAAGCACUACGGGCAGUUUGCAGGAAACACGAGCUAAUGCAAUAUGACUUGGAAAUGGCUGCACAGGACCUAACAUCUAAGAAACAGCAGUGUGAGGAGCUGGCAACAGGAACUGUGAGAACAUUCUCCCUGAAAGGGAUGACCAGUAAGCUGUUCGGGCAGGAAACCCCUGAGCAGAGGGAAGCCAAGAUAAAGAUUCUAGAAGAGCAGAUACAGGAAGGAGAAGAACAACUGAAGUCUAAAAAUCUGGAGAGCAGAGACUUUGUGAAAAGUGCCUGGGCUGACAUUGAACGGUUUAAAGAGCAAAAGAAUCAUGAUUUGAAGGAGGCGCUUAUAAGCUACGCUGUUAUGCAGAUUAGCAUGUGCAAAAAG